AUGGAGGCCCUCCUCUCCAUGUCCUUCGACAACCUCUCCUCCUACGACCAGCUCAAGAUCCGCAAAGGCCUGCGACAAGUCGAGGGACUCCUCGCGCAAAUCUGCCUCUCGUCCUCAUUCCCCCCUCCAGCGUCCGAGAAGCGCCGCUCCGUCAUCGACCCUGGCAAGGAACCACAGCCGCGGAAGACCCUGAGCGAACUGGGAGCCGACCCAGCCUUCAGGGAAUUCUUCAAACUGCAGGAUGGGUUCGAGUGGAACGUGGCCAUGCGGCUGGUGAACUCCCUGGAUCGGUUGCUGGGGAAGAGCCACGAUGGGCAGAAUGACCUGUUGAUUAUUCAAACGCUGGAUCUGAUCCAAGGGACGCUGUUACUUCAUCCGCCGAGCCGGUCGUUGUUCUCGAGGGAGUUGUACAUGAAUCACCUCCUCGACCUCCUAGAGCCCAUCAACUGCCCAGCAAUCCAAUCCGCGACCAUCAUCACCCUCGCCUGCGCCCUCAUCGAAACCCCUCUCAACACCCGUACCUUCGAGGAACUCGACGGGCUCCUCACCAUCACCUCCUUAUUCAAGUCGCGCGAGACGACCCGUGAGGUCAAGCUGAAGCUCGUCGAAUUUCUCUACUUCUACCUCAUGCCCGAGACGCCGUCUAUCCCGUCUGCCAACAGCACCGUCUCGGUGCCAGCCAUGCUGCAGCGCAGUCCGAGCAAACUAGCCGGCGCGUUCAACGGAGAGGCGAAAGGCAGGGGGCGGGCGGACAGCGAGAGCGGCGUUACGAGAAGUACGGAGGAGAAGCAGGGGUUACUGGGGAGGUAUUUGGGGAGUGUGGAUGAUUUGGUAGCGGACUUGAGGGAGAGCACGCCGUUUGGUGGUGCGCUAUCGUAA